AGGCGUGACUGACAUUUAUGUCCCUACCGACUGAAAGGUAUAAGAUAUAUAGGUAGGGUAGAUAGAUAUGAUGGAUAGAUAAAGUCACACACACACACGACACACACCACACACCACAGUGACUGACAAGCAAGCACUUAAAACUCCCAACCAACCGAUCCACCAGCCAGCCACACCUCCGUCCGUAUCCACGCAUUAAUUGUCCUCUUCUGUCUGUUCUGUACGACCAACCCAACCAACGCCCCAGAGCACACCAGACACUCCAUUCGUCAGAGAGGGUACCUGCCCGCCUGUCUGUCUGUCUGUCUGGUCCCAUUGAGAGUGAAACAAGUAUGGUAUGAAAAAUGGGACCCAUUGCAAUGCAUCAGUGAGGGACGCCCACACCACACCCAUAUGCCGUCAAAUCGAUGUCGGCUCGUGUCAAGUGUGUGUGCAGAUGCGAUGACGUCGCUUCGUUCUCGGCCACCCGCGUACAGGGGCAGGUCAUGUGCAGUGACCUCGGCCAAUGCAUGUGGGUGGACCACAACGAAGCUCCGCAAUCGCUGACAGCACCGGUGCUCAGUACGCAGUCCAAGCGACACUGGCAGGCUGGGCUGGCAACCCCCUUCCUCUCUGUCUGUCUGUCCCCCACACCAACCAUCCAACCAAGCAACAUAAAUGCGUAGCCGCAUCCAUCCAUCCAUCGCCACACCGUCAGUCAGUCACAUCCAUCUGUACAUAUCUCAUCUCAGGCAGACAGGUAGGCAGCCAGCCAUUCAAACCAAACCCCUCAACUCGCUCAACCACUGGCCCGUACAUCCGUACCGGCCUAGCAUCACACACACACAGCAAGCGGGCAGGGCAAGGUCGGCAAAAGGCAGUGGCUGGGAAGGAAGGACGGGCUGGGAGGGGCGAGCUGCUCGAGCUCGACGGCCAUCCCGGCCAGCAGGACAACACAAAAAUCGUAUCUCUCUCGGCAGUGUUUUCUCUCUCAGAGGGACAAAUACUGUGUGAGCAAGCCAAGUGUGGCGGCAGACAGGGAGGUAGCAACGAGAGCAAGGUGCGAUCAUAGGAAAUAGCAACACAAGACAUGCACACACGCAGGGGAGCGGGAGGGACGGAGGGAGGGAGGGAGGUGACAUCCCCCCACCCCCCUCAGAGGAAGUGUCUUUUCUCGAGUGCCCUCAUGCGCCUCCACAUCAGUAUGGCCACCACACCAACCUGUGCACAUACAUCACAGGAUGCAUCACGUGGGUGCGGUGGGUGCAUGUUCGUUCCCUGGCCGGACAUAAAUGGCUUACCACAGCGAUGAUGCCGAAGACCAUGAAAGAGCUCCGUGUCGCGUGAGACUUGAUGUGCGUCUCGAGCGUCUUGGCACGCUCAGCCAACUGACAUACACAGACAGACAGACAGACAGAGGGUGUAUGUUAUGUGCCGCUGGCUGUGGCGUGUGCAUGUCUGUCUGUCUGUGUGGGCGUCAGUCAGUGGUCACGCACCUCUCUUAUGUGUGGGCUCUCUUCGCCUGCUGAUCUGUCGGUGUUCAAGUUGGCCACAGUUCUGAACACAGACGCACACACAGACAGAGGUUUGUGGGUGCGGUGCAUCCAACGCCACAGCUCCAUGCUGCGGCACGCACCUGUGGAGCGUGCUCAGAGUGCUCGAGUGCUGCUGGCUGUGCUUGGAGAACAUCGUGCGCAGUCCCAUUAGCUGGACGAAUGAUGAAGAGAGGCACCACACACAUAUACAUACACAGCGGUGCGGCGUGCGUUUGUGACCCACCCAUCACCAUCACGCACCUCAGAUUUCAUGGUGUGUAUUGUUUCGGUGUGGUUGACGCCCGUGGCCGUCUGGAACUCUUUCCUCAGCUCCUUGACGUCAGAUAUCAGCUUGUGCACCUGCGCCUGAAGCGAACUGACACACACACAGAGAGAGAGAGAGAGAGAGAGACAUUCGCCGGCUGUAUCUGUCCUCCAUCUGUCUCUCCCUCUCUCACUCACUUGAGUGUUUUGUGAAUGGUUUGCUCCCUUGGCCCGGCCUCGGAGAUGUGUUUGUAGAGCAGCCGGGUCAGCUGACGCAACGCCUCGGUCUGCUCGUGCUGCAUCAGUGGAGUGAGUGGAGCGAUACAUACACAUUCACAGCAUACAUUUGAGACAUGAUAUGAGAUGCAUUGCCGAUCCAUCUAUUCUUUCUUGAGUGUAGCCACCUUACCUUGUCUUUGUAGUGUGAGUGGUCUCUGAGGAUGUCGCCCGCAUCGGCGUCACCCAGAGCUGACCGUGACAAAGAGCCAACAAAUACAUACACAAGAAGGAUCACAUCACCGUGAAUGGUGGCCACAGAGGGAUGUCUGUGGCGUGCUCCGCCCGUCCUUUCCUCACUUUCGUGCAUUAUCGUGGUGUCCUCGCCGGGCGUUGACAUGUCCAAAUUGUACCUGCACACAGGUUGUGGCGUCCACGUGUGCGUGUGAGUGCGUGUGUGUGAGUGUGUGUCUGCCUGUAUGUGUGUGGUUCCACCCUUCAUACAUGUGCAGGCCGUAGAUCAUGACUUUGUCUCCCUGGUGAUUGGGAGACCCCUCCUCAACGCCAGUGAACCCAGUGAAACCGAUAAACCCAUUCGGCUGCAACCGAAUGUCACUCUUCUGCACACACACACACACAAAGGCGAGAGCCGGUCGGGAAAUUGUCACGUUGUGUGUGUAGCGCCAUACAUCGACGUAGCCUACCCUGAAGACGUCUAUGUAUGGCGGGUUGGCGGCGGGGUUGACUUGUAUCUGUCCACUGAUGCCCUUGGGGCCCACGGCCAGCCUAAACCGCAAAGGAGUCGGCGUGUUGCGCCACCGAAAGUAAAAGGCAUCUGUGGGUGGAAGGGGGGGCGAGAGAAUGACAUUUUGGUACAGGGGAGCGAGCAGCGAUGUGUGUGUGUGUGCCUGUGUCUGUGGUUACCCUUGGUUGGCACGUCUUGUGUGAAGAUGUAGUUCUUGGCGCCGUCGCUGUAGGCAACAGAUAUGGACGGAUUCCACUACACACGCACACACACACAGAGAGAGAGAGAGAGAGAGAUGGAGAUGCAGACAGAGAGAGGUGUGGGCCAGCCGCCCUGUGAGUCACCCACCUUGUUGCUGUUGUCGAAGUUGCUGAAGAAUAUGCCGAGCCCCUUGAAGUUCUGCUUGUACCCAAACAGGCUCCACAGCUUCUGCUCCUCCUCACUCUUGGGGUACACCGUCACAUAGUCCUCCAUCGCAUACCUACACCAACACACACAGUGCCUUGUGCGUGUGUGUGUGCGCGCGCGCGUGGCUGUCAGACUGACUGACCAGAAUGCGAAUCCCUGUGAAGUGGAGAAGUCCGGCCCGCUGACGAUGAAGUCAAAUAUCACCUCAAAAUUGCCCGUCUUGACCGGAUCCUUGUGCCUGCAGUCAGUCCAGCAAGACAAGAACGACACACACAAGCCACACGUCAAUCCAGACACGCGAGUGCGCCUUUCCCUGACUGGCUCGCUGGCUGACCAGAACUGUCCAGUCCUGUUGGCCACCAUGGGUGUGAGGACGACAAAGUUGCGGGCAGGGAUGGAGGCACCAGCCAGGUCCCAAUCGUUCAAAGUGUUGUCUGCACACACAUCGCACACACACACAGACACACACACACACAUCAAGAUACCACAUAGUCCGUCCCAUUGUUCACUCACUCACCGAAGUUGAGAGGCGACUCGAACGAGUGCCUCAUCAUCUCCAAUCUGUCCGUCUUGACGUCCUGCGCUGGCUUCGGAGGCGCCGGGGGAGGCGUCACAGCCGGUGCCGCUGGCGGCGGCUGCUGCUGUUGCUGUGGUGGUGGUUGCUGUGGUUGUCCAUAGUGCCCGUACUGCGGCACCUGUCCUCCCACCUGCUGCUGCUGCUGCCCAUAAGGCACUCCCUGCCCAUACGUCUGGCCGUACUGAGCGUAUGGGUUAUACUGCUGCUGCUGCCCUGGAUUGUGUUGUGGCGGUGCCUGACCAUAGCCUUGCUGACCAUACUGUGGCGGGAUGUUGCCAUAGGGCUGCUGGUAGGCGGGGUAGCCGGCGGUGGGCGGCGCCUGGGAGUCCACAAGCGGCCAGAGGAGGACCGGGAUGCACCCGAGGAAGGGCGACAGCUUCAUGAGCGUUGACUUGAGAGAUGAGGCCUCAGACCUGGCAUAUGCUGCCUAGGCGAAGAUCGCUAUCAAUCAAUCACUCCUUAAUGCUUCG